UGGAAUCGGGUAAAUCCAAAUGCAUAGCUGAGGAUAUCAAAAGCAACUCCAUGAGACCAUGACCGUUGGCAAGUACCACAUAGUCAACCCUAAUGAAGGAUACCCUUUGCCCGAUACUCACAAAAUCACCGCUCGAGUGACUUCUACAUAUGGGAAUAGCUAUCACAAUGCAGACAAUGUGCCGGAUGGACAAUUUGCAUUUCAGACAGCAGAAGCCGAGGACUACAUGGCUUGUUUCUUUGCCGCAGAUCAUAAGCCUCCAAUCACCAUUACUGUAGACUUCGAUUGGAAAACUGAUAUUGCUGCUAAGGAUUGGACAAAUGUUGCCAAGAAAGGCUCUGUUGAAGUAAACCCGCUUUUCAUCUAUCAAAUUAUUCAUCUCUAUAUCUCUCUAUCAAUUCUUUUUUCUGACACAUGACACUC